AUGGCCUCCAGCGGUACCAUGCGGGGGACGCCCAACCGUGGGCAAGGCCGAGGAACGAUACCCGCGUUCACCAACAGUCCUGCUUCAAAUAUCCCUCGUCCUGCGUUUGAGGCACAUGCAAGCUCCGCCAGCCAAGCUCAAAGUGAAGCAGGCGGAUCCACGAUGAGUGCCAGCAGACAGAAGCAGUCGAAGAGAGAUGAGGCUAUCCGGAGAAAGAUCGAAACCGACCUCAGCAAGAAGAAACACACUACUUCGCGGUCAAGACAUUCGCGGAAAGCCCCACCAGGAACUGUUCUCGCUCUGCGACCGAGUCAAGCUCUCCAGAUAAAGCCAAAUACCAGUGUUGCAGAGGCUGCACAAUUGAUGGCUGCGAAAAGGGAGGACUGUGUUCUCGUUACCGACGAUGACGAUCGUAUCGCUGGUAUCUUCACGGCCAAAGAUCUUGCGUUUAGGGUUGUUGGUGCCGGCAUCAAGGCCAGCAAUGUCAUGAUUGCCGAUAUCAUGACCAAGAACCCGCUUUGUGCGCGCACAGAUACAAGCGCUACGGAUGCCUUGGACCUGAUGGUCCGAAAAGGCUUCCGCCAUCUACCUGUCAUGGACGAGAAUCAAGAUAUCUCUGGCAUUCUUGAUAUUACCAAGUGCUUCUACGAUGCUAUGGAGAAGCUGGAACGCGCCUACAGCUCAUCACGGAAGUUGUAUGAUGCCCUAGAAGGUGUUCAGUCCGAGUUGGGAUCGAGUCAGCCCCAACAAAUCAUUCAAUAUGUCGAGGCCCUUCGGUCGAAAAUGUCCGGCCCUACCUUGGAAUCCGUCCUCGAUGGCCGGCCUCCUGUCACGGUUAGCGUGCGGACUUCAGUGAAGGAGGCUGCAGCUAAGAUGAAAGAGAACCAUACCACUGCUGUUCUCGUCCAAGACCAAGACUCGAUUACUGGUAUUUUCACAAGCAAAGAUGUCGUUCUGCGUGUGAUCGCUCCUGGACUGGAUCCUGCAACUUGCAGUGUUGUGCGUGUUAUGACGCCUCACCCUGACUUUGCUCCAAUGGAUAUGAGCAUUCAGGCGGCAUUGAGAAAGAUGCAUGACGGUCAUUAUUUGAAUCUUCCCGUCAUGAAUGAGUCAGGUGAGAUUGUGGGCAUGGUCGACGUUCUGAAGUUGACUUACGCGACCCUUGAACAAAUCAACACCAUGUCAACCGGAGACAGUGAGGGUCCUGCCUGGAACAAAUUUUGGAUGUCUUUGGACAAUGAGACGGAAUCAAUGGUCUCUGGAGAAGGGAGUCACCACCACCACACUGCAGGUGGCAGGUCCUUGAUGUCGCCUGACCACUCUCGAGGUCACGAAAGGGUAGUCGACUCAAGCGUUGCUCCGGGGGACUCAGCGUCUCAUGUGGGAUCUCCUCAACACUCCGGCCUGAGCCCAGCGGCAGAUACUCCCGCUGAACAGGUUCCGUUUUCAUUCAAAUUCAAGGCCCCUAGCGGUCGUGUGCACAGACUUCAAGUUAUUGGUGCCAAUGGACUAGCUGAACUCAUUUCUGCUGUGAUUGCGAAGCUCGGCUCCGAGGUAGAGGCUGUGGGGGGAGCUGCUACAUUUGAAGACGGGAAGCUGGGCACCUCGGGAUUCGCCCUUAGCUACCUGGACGAUGACGGCGAUACAGUUUCAAUCACCACAGAUCACGAUCUUCUCGAAGCAAUUUUACUCGCUAGGCAAGGCCGCCGGGAUAAAGUCGACUUGUUUGUUCACGAUCCCGAAAAGCCACCAAUUGCAGCCACUUUUGAUUCUCAACCAGUCAUCACCAGCCAAGCGCAGACUCCACUACCGUCAAACACCAUCCGAGAACGACGAAGAAUUGUCUCUGACGAGGAUGAAGAGAGCGAAGAGGAGCAGCCCGUGAAACCUCGAUAUCGGAAGAUAACCAGCAAGCAGGCAGAAGAGCAAGUACUUGCUGGCGUCCCGAAUGAGUUGCUCUUGCCUGGCGCUAUCGUCACUCUUGCGGUUGUUAUUGUCGGCCGCAAGGCUCUCCGCACUCCCUUCCGAAAACCCUUCGCUCGCGCUCUCACCCACGAAACCCAAGCAAUAGAACACUCCAUUCAAAACCACCUCAAAGAAACGCAUUCAAUCGAAGCUACCAUAAACCAAUUGCACAUUACCAGCUCUUUUGUUCCGCCAUCCAACGAAGGUGAACCAUCCGACGAAAUUAGCGACACCUACGCUUUCAAACGCCAUGUCAAGAAACGUACCGCGAAGCUAGGCUCUAUUGUAGAGAAGCACUACGAGCCCGAAUCUCUGAUCUUGAACCCGCCGAAGCCGGAAGACGUCACAUUGGAGCUGUUGUUGGCAAGCCAAAGUCAUUUGGGCCAUAGUACGAGCUUGUGGAACCCGACAAACCAGAGAUACAUCUUCGGCAUCAGACAGGGCGUCCACAUCAUCUCCCUAGAAGAAACUGCGGCACAUCUACGUCGCGCUGCUAAAGUUGUGGAGGGUGUUGCUUAUCAUGGUGGACUGAUUCUCUUCGUUGGAACUCGGGCGGGCCAAUCAUCUUGCGUUGUCAGGGCUGCUCAGCUAGCAAAAGGUUGCCAUCUAUUUGAAAAAUGGAUUCCAGGCAGUAUAACCAAUGGCGAUCAGAUUCUGUCAAAAUGUGGCAUGAAAGUCGUGGACGAGAAUGAUGUGGAGGUCACGACUGGGUUCGAAAGCAAGAUGGAGGGAUGGCAAGCGCUCAAGCCAGACUUAGUGGUUUGCAUGAAUCCGCUAGAGAAUUAUAUCUUGCUGCACGAAUGUGGACUUAACAAUAUCCCUACGAUCGGUGUCAUUGAUACUGAUGCGGAUCCUACCUGGGUCACAUAUCCUAUUCCCGCGAAUGACGACAGUCUCCGUUGCAUCCAAGUUAUUGCUGGUGUUCUCGGCCGCGCGGGCCAAGAAGGGCAGAGCAGGCGACUUGAAUCCGCUGCAAAAGGAAUAGUGACGUGGUCUCCGCCGGCGGGACUGGGCAUGCCCGAGAUGCAUCCCUCAACAGUCAAGUCGGCCAGCCAACUGAAGAGCGCGCGGGGGCCUGAAGUUGAGGAACAUACAAAGGGAACCAGGUCAAGUCGAGGGGCAAUUGAGGGAAAUGACGAACUGUAG